GCACAUGAGACAAAGUGAAAUGCUUUCAGACAGCACGCAGACAGAGUGGACAUGUAGUCGGCCACUGAAACUGAAGCAGACUACUUGAACAGGAAGCUUAACUUUCUGUGGUUAGCCGUGCAUUGCAGAGCACUUGACUGCACACAGGAAGCCCGUGUCGUUGGUGUGUCGUCUGAGAACGGUUGCUUCGCCUGUGAGACAGCUCACUCACACAUCAAGAUAUUUGCCUCAAAAUGGCCCAGGGAAAGGAUCAAUCCUUCGCCAGCCGCUUAUUCCACAGAUAUCGUAAGGGUAGCCAAGAGCAGAGAGGGCCAGAGAGCGAUCUGCCUCAUAUCUCUGAGUUCACCAUCAUGUGGGAUAAGUUGAUGAAAGAGUUCUUAGCUAAAGCCAAAGAAGAUUUUUUAAGAAAAUGGGAGUGUCCGCCACAGAGCACAACGUGCCUGGACGACUUCGACAGGUUCAAGACUCUGGGCACCGGAUCAUUUGGACGAGUAAUGCUUGUGAAACAUAAAGGAACGAACCAGUUCUAUGCUAUGAAGAUCUUGGACAAACAAAAAGUGGUGAAGUUGAAGCAGAUAGAACACACACUAAACGAAAAGAGAAUACUACAGGCCGUCUCCUUUCCCUUCCUCGUCAGAUUGGAGUACGCCUUCAAGGACAACUCAAACCUCUACAUGGUGAUGGAGUAUGUGCCCGGUGGGGAAAUGUUCUCGCACCUCAGACGCACCGGAAGGUUCAGUGAACACCAUGCACGAUUUUAUGCAGCUCAGAUCGUACUCACCUUCGAGUACCUUCACUCCUUAGACCUCAUCUACAGAGACCUGAAGCCUGAAAACCUGCUCAUAGAUCAGCAUGGAUACAUCCAGGUCACAGACUUUGGCUUUGCCAAAAGAGUAAAAGGCCGAACCUGGACGUUGUGUGGAACUCCAGAGUACUUGGCUCCAGAGAUCAUCCUCAGCAAGGGCUACAACAAAGCUGUGGACUGGUGGGCACUUGGAGUUCUCAUCUAUGAGAUGGCUGCGGGUUACCCUCCCUUUUUCGCUGAUCAGCCAAUCCAGAUCUAUGAAAAGAUCGUGUCGGGCAAGGUACGAUUCCCCUCUCACUUUAGCUCCGACCUGAAGGAUCUGUUGAGGAACCUGCUCCAGGUCGACCUGACAAAGAGAUUCGGCAACCUGAAGAACGGCGUGAAUGACAUAAAGAAUCACAAGUGGUUCUCCACAACGGACUGGAUCGCCAUCUAUGAGCGAAAGGUCGAAGCCCCCUUCUUGCCAAAGUGCAGAGGACCAGGAGACACAAGCAACUUCGAUGACUAUGAAGAAGAGGACAUUCGUGUCUCGCAAACGGAAAAGUGUGCGAAAGAGUUUGCAGAGUUCUAGUGAACGGGCAGGAGUCCCGUCAGGGCUGCCGUGUUUCGGGAUAUUUGCACUCUGUCGGAGGUUUAGGUGGAACCGAGGCCAUCACGAGCUCCAAACCAAGGCCUCGUUCCUUCAUUCCACACAGCUGAAACAGGUCCUUUUUGCCAUGAUCCUGCGUGCAGUUAGCACUAAUCUAUACACAGGCACAUUAUGCAGACACCCCUCGUGCUGCAACACAAAGUACUAGACCACGUUCUCAUCGUUUGUCCUUCUGUUGUCUGUGUUCUCAGUGUUCUCUCUCUCUCUCCCGUUCUAUGUAAGUUCUUAUUUGAAAAGCAACAUGAAAGCUAAUAUUACUCCCAUUUUCAAGCAGCACAAAGGGUGAUUGAUUUACUAGCUGGUGUUGCACAUGCUUUGAUUUAGGCUUUGGGAAAUUGAAGGGAUUUUUAACUUUUUUUUUUUUUUAAUUCCAAACAUUGCCAGUUAUCCGUCAUCUGUUACAUGCCUGAGUGUCUUUUAGGGUUCAGUUUAUUCUUCAUUAAUCAUGAACACUUAAACAUAUUCAUCAUCCUGGCGUCCUUAAGACCCAGGACCGUGUAUUUGUGCAUAUAGACAUAUACAUAUAUGAGAUUUUAAAUGUUUCGUUAAAGCAUGACCAAAAUUCGACAAAGAAACCGGCGUUGAGCGAAGGAGAAGAAACGCAGAUGACUCCUUGCAGUUUUUGCGCUCUGGCGUUUCUCGAAGCAAAGAAUUAAUCGAGACAAGCGAUGUUUUUACGAAGCAGAAACUUGUCAGUGCUGUGUUAGCUGAUCAGUUGUAGCAUUGUCUUUUUUUUUUCAUAUCCGGUCACAGGACGUUUUCCUUUUUACCUCAGUCUUGGUGUGGUAUUAAAUUAAUGGAAUGAAAUGAUAUAUAUAUUUUCAGGUACAACUCUGUUACACAAAGAAGGAAACUGAGCAAGUUUGUCACUGCACACAACUGAUCAUGUGUUUGGUACUUAUAUAUACAUGUAUAUAUAGACAUGUAUGUACCAGUGCAUCAACAUGGCAUUUUCCAGUAGCUGAAAGGUCAGUUUGUUAGACUUUUUUGAAGGUAUAUCACGAGUGUGAAGCAGUGUUGGUCACAUGGACACACUUUGUCAGUUUGCGCUGCUUUUUGAUUUUGUUUUUUUUUUUCUUAACCUGCUGUGUUUGAGCAGAGCACUCAGAAGACGUUGUGUAACUGCCAUAUUUGUUUCAUUUUUACUUUUGCAUGUCCGUUACGUUUGUACAGCAGCGUCACACCGAGCUCACAGCGCCCGACGGGUGUUCCCCCCCCGUCUCUCGUUUUUGUCUGUUACCUUCACGUAGGCUGGGACGUCGACGCAGUAGAUAAGGAGUUUAAGUCUCAGCGACAUAAUCCCAUACGAGCAAACCAUUUAAACAGUAACAAUAGCAGCAAACUGAAAUAUCAUAACCUUAAAGUAUUCAUUCAUCUUGGUCACGACUUGGUUGACCCACCUGCUUUUACCGCAGCUACAGCUUCUAGUCUCUUUGCAUCAUUUUCUAACCAACUUGCACACUGUGAUGGAACAAUAUUUACUCAUUCUUCUUUGCAAAAUUGCUCAGAGAGAACGUGAAUGGACAUGAAUAAGGAUUUUCAAAGGAAAGAAGUUGAAACUUUUUGAAGAACAUCUGUUAUGUUUUUCCCCAGUGUAAGCCACACCUGUUAAGUUAUUGUCUAUGCAUAUUUAUUACAUAUUUUCUCCGGUCAGAAAAAUGUAGGAUUUAUGAGGGAUUCUUUUUUUUUUUUUUUUAUUCUGGGCACCGUUCAUGUUCCAUUAAUUCUGCUGAAAUUGUCGUUCCCGCUUCUACAAAACUCCCGUCCAGGUUGACAUGUUGUGUCUAAAGAACCCGUGUGUCCAACGCCCACGAGGCCGCCGUGUCCACAUGUCGACUUUCCUUUUCUUCCAGGUGUCAGUAGAAGUUCAGCUUUCGUGAACCUUUCGUUCCUUUACUGUGGCGCAGAGUUUGAGGUCAUUUCUGCGGGUUGGAAAUCAAAGUUUUACAUUUCACAUCAGACAAACAAAAAUGCACUGUUGACAGUCUUCAGAGGUUUUGAUCAUUAUUUAACAUGAUGCUCGAGUCUUUGUGUGUGAGGAAAAUGCAACUUAAUCAAAGUUCAACAACAAUCGUAGACAACCAAAUGUGAAAAAAAAAGUCUUGGGGACUGAAUGCUAUUUUUUAGGUACUGAUGUACUGUAUAUGGAUAUUGGCUAUCAUUUCUUUUUCAUUGACUGAGCACAUGAUGCAUUUUUUUUUUUUUUUUUUAGCCCUGAUUUCAUUUCAAAGGCACAACUGUUUCUUAUGCGAUUUUAUUUAUAUUUAGAGACGUCUAAUAAAAUAACAUGUUUAAACCUGCGUAGCUCUCAACAUAUAUAUAUAUAUAAAGAGACUCCAAAUGUUUUAUUUGCAAAAGUGUUAUAAACAGUGAAUAUAUCGGAUUAUUUAUUUGUACAACUUUUUUUUUUCUUCAUUUGCCCAUAUACGAAUAAAACAUUUAUAGAAAUAAACAUAUUUACCACAGUUAAUGCACA